AUGUGCCAUCCUCAGACAGAGCAAGUAGCAAAGAAGAUCGAGCGGUUCCCCACACUGCAAGUAGAAAAGAAGUUCGAGUCCCUGGAGUGCCAGUCAACCAUCAACGGCCAAACCGCCGCCACGACCAUGAGCGGCACCAUUGUCAUCACCGUCGCCGUCGACAACUCUCUCAUCGGCAAGAGCUGCGCCAUCCAAUGGCCUGCCACCCGCAAGGGGCUGCAGACUGGCACACCAUCGGCUGAUGGGAUUGAGAGCAUGAUGUUCACGUACCGAUUCAUGGAGGACCGGCCGGGCACGUACCACACUUGUGAUGACCAAGACCCGACCACAAUGUUCACCAACGUGCAGGAAAGCAAAGCUGGGUCGGCCCAUUCAGACAAGGGGCAGACCAGAUACGGCUUUGCUCGCACCGUCGACCGAGAAGUCAUGGCGUACACCCCAGGAGGCAGGGGCCAUGGCGCCCUUGCAUGCCCUGAAGCACAACUCAUGGCCGGUAACUCUGUUAUCUACCUCAAUGACGAAGGCCCGGUCGAGCGGCUCCUUCGGUGGGUUGCUGGUAUAUGCGGGGGCAGGGACCAUGCCGUCUAUGCGUGCCCCGAAGCACAACUCAUGGCCGAUUGUCCUGUCAUUCACCUGAAUGACGGAAGGGCCGAUCGAGUGGCUCCUCCGCUGAUCCAUCGGCUGUUACGUGCCAUCGAUGAGAUGACCCGUUAAACUUGAGGUUUACAGGUUGAGAAAAUCCUCGUGUCUCGCGGGGUUCCACCUUCCCACCAUCAUGCGUUAAUACUACUCUCUUUCUCCUCUUGCAAUGUAAAUAAACAUUAUUCAUUUUCUUUCUUUUGUCGUUGCAGCUUCAUUUGUGCUUUUUUCUGUGAUUGCUUCAUUUGU